UGGUCGUUUCCCUCGAGUCGGUAUUUCCGUCAAGUCGGUCGUUCACUACUUCAGUAUGAAUUCUGUUUUGGAAAUGCCAUACUAAGAGCAGCAGUUGUGUUCGCAACAACUCUCUGCUUAGCCAAGGAGUGUUUUAUCAUGUGGUUUAAAGGAAUGCAAUACUUCUACAGUCCAUCAAAUGUCUGUGAGAUUGUUGUGUAUGGACUAACGUUCGUGUUCUUGGAUCCGUAUGGAGUACUUCUUCACGACUUGAACAUUCCUCAAGACUCGUGUCCGAAAAUUGUGUGGGAAAUAGCAGCUGUUACGGUCUUCCUUGCUUGGACGCUACUUCUUGUGAACUUUCAGAGAAUGCCUCAUGUAGGAAUAUACAUUGUAAUGAUUAUAUCGAUGGUUAAGACUAUGAUUCAGGUCGUUGUUGUGGUGACACUCUUUGUUCUGGCAUUUGGAUUAGCGUUUUACUUACUGAUGAGCAACAAGACAAACUUUUCUUCCUCUGGAUUGUCUCUAAUGAGAGUUGUAACAAUGGCUGUAGGAGACUUAGCCCAUGAUGACACCUUGCUGAUUUCUCCCAGCAGUGAAAGCGCAAAGCUAGACUACUACUAUGACCGCUUGAGAGAUGAGUACGGGCAAUUUGAUUUCACAAACUUCUUGCCUACCACAACGGACGUCAACGUCUCCGCCAUCAAUGGAACAACCGCUGCCUCUGACAAUGACAAUUUGGAAUCCUGUUUGGUUUUCCCAUUUCUGUCUUACGCCUUUUUCAUAUGUUUUGCAAUGCUUAUGCCAAUUGUUGUUCUCAAUGUACUGAUUGGGUUAGCAGUUGGAGAUAUCGAGGCUGUAAGAGCAGAUGCGGCUCUCAGACAGAUCAGAAUGCAGAUAAAGUUGCUAGUGGAGGUAGAGACCGUUCUGCCAAGUUGGUUUCUCAGACAUGUUCACGUCACCACUACCAGUCGUCAAGUGAUGGAAAUCAACAGAACCGUGAAUCAAUUGUUAAGCAGUGCAGUAAAAGCAGCAGAAGAGCCAACAGGAAAGAUGAUGUCUACAACAGCAGUUCAACUGGGCAAAAUCAAGCAAAAUACCAAAGAAGUCAAGACAUGGCUGUCCAACAUUGAGAAAAGUCUACAACAGCAAUGGGGAAUGCUCAGGACUCUUGCUGCUUGCGUCAAACGUCAGAAUAUGAAUCAAUCAACAUCCAGUGUGGUUGACAAAGCUCCUGAUGAGUCAGUAGUUCGAAAAUCCCCUGUUACAGUUUCAGCUAAAGAAGAAAGUCUUAAAACAGCAAAAGUAGAAAGUCAAUUAAUAGACGAUAAAAAAGCUGAAGAACCUGAGGCAAGAUUAGUGCCAAAACAUGACAAUGAUGAAGACAUGGUUUGAUUCUCUACGUGAGCACACAUUGGGUUAUCUCACAUGCCGCAUAUAUAACAAACUAAUUUCUGCACAAAAUUGCUUCAUUUCUGCCUAUUCCUUAAACUGGACAUAUUCUAUGAACUGAGCAGUGUCAUCUAGUGUUAGAGUACUAUCUGCAGUAGAAAAAGAAAAUAUUAUGAAAGAGCGAACCACAAACAGCAUUAACAUGACAGU